AUGGGCUUCUUUGGCAAAGAAGAUCCUCCCAACGACACAAUCGAACAAGCCCCGACUAAUGAGGACACCGAAAAGCAGUUGACAACCCAUUAUUCCUGUGAAGACAACACGGCAUUGCCUCCGACUCCGGUUGUGCACAUCGAUCCAGCAGUGGAAAAGCGCAUGUUGAGGAAGUUGGAUUGUCGACUUCCGUUACUCUUGGGAUUUUUGUAUCUGUUGGCUUCGCUGGAUCGGAGCAAUAUUGGAAAUGCCAAAAUUGCGGGAAUGGGGGAUGACCUCCAUCUCUCAAGUGACGCUUACUCAUGGCUCUUGACCAUCUUCUACAUCUCCUACACCGUGUUCGAGUUCCUGGGGAUCAUGUGGAAGCUCGUUCCGCCUCACAGAUGGGCUGCUAUCGCUGUUUUUGGCUGGGGGGUUAUGGCCGUUUGUCAAGCGGCAGCGCAAAACUGGCAAGGAAUGAUGGCCUUGAGGUUCUUUCUGGGACUGUUCGAAGCGGCUUUUGGCCCCGGUAUCCCUUAUCUGAUGUCGUUCUUCUAUCGUCGAAGUGAACUCGGGUUUCGUUGUGGACUGUUUGUAUCUGCCGCGCCGUUGGCUAGCACAUUCGCUGGCGCUCUCGCGUAUGGGAUUACGUCCGGACAUCCGCUGUUAUCGAGCUGGCGGUUACUGUUCCUUGUCGAGGGUGUCCCUACGCUUGUUGGCGCUGUGCUUGCCUGGUUCUUCCUACCUGAUGGUCCAGCCUCUGCAAAUUUCCUGACCGCAGAAGAAAAAGAGGUUGCAUGCACCCGGAGCUUGCGUCGUGGAGGCGAGACAGAUCGAGUGAGUGGAAUCGACUGGAAAGAUCUGGGGAAAACUCUCUUGGACCCGAAACCGUUCUUCACUGCUUUAAUGUACUUCAGCUGCAACGUCAGCUUCUCCUCCCUUCCCGUCUUCCUCCCCACAAUCCUCCAAGACAUGGGCUUCACCUCCAUCCACGCCCAAGGUCUCACCGCACCACCCUACUUUCUCGCUUUCCUCGUGACGAUCUUCAGCACCUGGCUAGCAGACCGCUUCCAGCAGCGCGGCCUCAUGAUCAUGCUCCUCUCAAUAAUCGGCGCAGUCGGCUACGUCCUCCUCGCAACCUGCACCGCCGUGGGUGUCCGGUAUCUGGGUGUUUUCCUCGCCGCUGCAGGUGUUUUCCCCUGUAUCGGUAAUAUCCUUCCCUGGGUCCUUAACAACCAAGGCUCCGACAGUCGUCGCGGAAUGGGUAUCGUCAUUCUUAAUCUAAUCGGACAAUGCGGGCCGUUCCUAGGCACGAACAUUUUCCCAUCGAGUGAGGGGCCGCGCUAUGUCAAGGGACAAUGGAUCUGCGCGGCAUUCAUGUUCUUCACAACUGUGUUGGCAUUGAGUCUGCGAUUUUUCCUGGUUUGGGAGAAUUGGAGGUUGGAUAAGAAGUAUGGGAAGAAGGAGGAAAGGGCGAGUGGGGAGAAGGGGAUUAUUGCGGAGGAGAAUUAUGGGGCGGACUUUCGGUUUGUGCUUUGA